AUGAAAGCUAUUUACUUCGUGGGAGCAAUUUUGGUUUUGACCGCAAUUGUAUCUGCCAAACAACAAGGAUUGCCUAAGGAUAGAAGAUAUACGUUGCCUACCGUAGGGCCAUAUAAGCCUCCUGCAGGUACACAACACCAUAAUGGAAAUCACGGCAAACCAAACAACCAUCAUAAUAGACCUACUAAUAAACCAUACAACCCUGCACCAAACCCCUAUAACCCUGCUCAGAAACCAUAUAAGCCUGCUGUACCUUUUAAACCUGCUCAGAAACCAUAUAAGCCUGCUGUACCUUUUAAACCUGCUCAAAAACCAUAUAAGCCUGCUGUAAAUCCCAAGCCCUAUAAGCCUGGUCAAAAACCAUAUAAGCCUGCUGUAUAUCCCAAGCCCUAUAAGCCUGCUCAAAAACCAUAUAAACCCGCUGUAAAUCCCAAGCCCUAUAAUCCUGCUCAGAAACCAUAUAAGCCUGCUGUACCUUACAAACCUGCCCAAAAACCACAUAAGCCCUCUGUAAACCCCAAACCUUAUAAGCCUGCUCAAAAACCAUAUAAUCCCGCUGUAAAUCGCAAACCCCAUAAGCCUGCUGUAAAUCACAAGCCUGCUGUUCUGCCCUAUGGACCACCAAAAGCUCCAAUCAGAUAUCCUCCAACUCAAUACCCAAUUAAUAAUAUACCCGGAAUUGAAACGUACUAA